UCCACCAAUCAUCUGUUUAUUUUUAGUGAAUAUUAUUUUAAUGCACCCAUGUAAAAUCAUCAAAUAAUAAACACAACUUUACUUAAAAGUACAUAAAGUAAACAUUUUUAGUAACAAGGUUAUCUCCAACUUAAAUUAAUUUGCUAUACCUGAUGUCAAUAGCUAAAACCUGAUAUCUAAAAAUUAUAUUAUAUACGAUUUUAAAUAGCUAUACCUGGUUUAAAUCGACACGUAAACCACUAGGAUCUCAUCAUAUUACAAAUUCUACUGUGGAUCACAUCAUGCAUGAUAAUUUGACGAGUCCUGUAUCAGGGAAUUAUGAUUAUGAUAGCAUGGCUGCAUUACAACAAAAAAGAACACUGGCUUUUGUAAAUCAUUUCAUAUUAACUACAGUUCAAUUUUUAAACAACUUUGCUAAGCAGUGUGAACAGAAAUUAAUGUGUUACGAAAAUAAAUUAGAGAAAAUCAAUGCAUCUUUAGUACUUUUGGAAACAAGGUUAUCAUCAUUACCAGAAAUUAGCAGUCCAGAACCCACAUUAAUAAAACAACAACUGGCAACUGAAUCAGAAAAUACAACUGAAGCUGAAGCUACAACAAAUGCAGAAGAAAUAACAACAGAUGUGAAAGAAAAACCAACACAAACCAUAAAACCAGAAUAUAUGAGAUUUGUAAAAAUGGUACAUGUUGGAGUGCCUAUACAAGCAGUCAAAUUGAAGGCAUCAUUAGAAGGUUUGGAUCCUAAUGAAUUAGACAUCAUUUUGAAAGUUUAAAUUACUGUAAUAAACUUGUGUAAACACCAUAAUUUCUUUAAUAAAUUAUUAAACUAU